GUUAAAUGACAAUUAAAGAACUCAAACACUUCCACCACCGCUGGUGUUACAACGGAAGAGAAUGAUGAAAAUGAUGCGGCUUCAUCAUCUAGUUCCGUUUCAACAAAAGCUCUCGCUGAAAAAUUCCUCUAGCAUAAAGGGUCCGGCUCUUGUGCCAAUAACGCAGCACCGUACCUUUCUCUUAAAAGCGCCUCUAAUGCAGCUGCUCGAUUGGAAAGGGCCGAGAGCCAAGGACAUCGUUUAUCAUCAUAUGCGUCUUCCCCAUUGCACAAUAAAUUCUCCUCAUCGCCAUCAACAAAUAAUAAUCCGAAGCAGCGAACUUCAGCGGAGCAACUUACCAUAAGUAACACUAGCAAUCAUCUCGAUGAAUCAUCAUCCCUAUCCCCACACCAUAUUAGUAGUAGUAGUAAAAUUUAUCAUCCCGCUCGAUUUAGCAGUAGCAGUAUGACUACUUCACCAACGAACAAUAACACUUGUACCAACAACCAUCAAAAGCCAAUGGAAUGCAUUCCAAAAUGUUCAUGCAGUAAUUCUUCCGGAGGCAUUGGCAGCGGCGGCGGCAACCAUAGCAUCGGACCACGUUAUAGCUCUUUAAAAUCACUCAAGCUAAACAAUACACCUAAUGGACCUAUUGUUGGAGGUGGUUUCGAGAGAAAAGCCUCAUCGACGACGGUGAAAAAACUCAGUUGCGAUGCUACCACAAGUCCUGGUCGAAUUCAUUCAAAAGAUACCGACAUGACAGCUCUCAAUGAGCUGCGAAAGAAAUCUGACGAGUUGAUAAAACUGGCCACUGGUCGUUCGAUUCCAAGUCCGCGUAGAGUUGUGGCCACACGAAAUGCAGCCACAAGUCCAAAUUUGGACAUGCGUAAACUUGGUCUCACCGAAAGAAAGCCAAAAGAAGUAGUGGCUGCUGCUGCAGUACCCACAACCACCACAAACAACAGCCAAAAAAUGGCCCUAGAGAAGUCAAAUUCUUUAGGUGAAUCCAAGCCGACAAAACAAUUACGCACCACAAGAAGCUUAUCACCACGUCCUCCGGUGCGUCACCAACAAGCCAUUAUUGUAUCCGACGAAAAUGAUAUUGUGUCGGUAAAGGUUUCACCCAAUGAAGAUUUCGAACUGGAGAAUGGCCUAUCGACAAGGAUGGCUGAGCUAAGUGUCCGCGCAAUGAGCGGCGAAAUUAAAGGAGCCACAAACACUGGAGGCGGAGUAGUUAAGAAAAAGCACAAAACAUCAAAGAGUGAACAAACCUCGCCGAAUAUAGCCGACUUUGACACAAAAUUCUCGUACAAUCAAACCAAUAACAAGAGCACCGGAUGCCUUGUUUAUGUGCCAUCAGAUCCGUGGCUCAAAAUGUCCGAUCUCGAAGAGUGUAAAGUUAAUUCGCUGCACAAAAGAUCAAAAAAUCUUCAGAAAAUGUCUAAAGAGACACGGUCAUUGAGUCGAAGCAAAAUAGAACCGCUUCCUAGUGACCCAUGGAUUUGGCGAAAGCCACCAGACUCGGCCAAUGGAGGGCCAAGAACAACAAGCAAUAUAAAGAAAUCGCCUAAAAAAGAAGUUUUCCGCCAGGCCAAGUCAUUCUCGGCCACCAAAUUCGAAUUGGGCGGUGGUGAAAAUACCAAAAGUCACCGCCCCAAAUUGCAGCGCUGCAAAUCGCCGCUGUUUAUUGAAGACGAUUUCCUACCACCUCCAAUGUCGGCUCCUUCUUCGCCGUUUCUAAAAGCACCCGAGAGUCAGUUCUCGCCACCGCCUCCACCAUUUACUGCCACUCCACCACCACCGGUACCGCCGCACUAUGUAUGCAAUAAUUCUCCAGUAACCUCGCCGGCUCGCACUAAGCCGACUGUCGUUGAGACUCAGCAACAACAACAACAACAGCAACAACCUCAGCAAGCUCAACGUAGUUUUCUCGAUGUUGUCAACCCGAAUCUGCUGCAGGCGCGUCACAGUUUCUCCUCAAUAUCGCAGCGGGAUGAUGAGCUGCAACUGAACAUUCGACGACUAUCAGAGCAAAUGCGCAAAACUCAGGCGGGCAGCGCUGCUGUUAUCACCACCACUGCCACUGGGGCUGACUUCAGUGACUAUCUUAGACAAUUUCGCUGCAGUGAAGCGAAAAAAGCCGCCGCCGCAGCACAAUUCCAGCAACAACAACAACAACCAUCACAACAGCCGCCCCUCCAUCAUCCAUCGCCAAAAGUCACACAAAACAAUCUCGAUUCAAUGUUGGAAACUACUUGUUGAAAAAAACGUACUUCAAUUUGCACCUUUCAGAUCUCUUCAUCCCCAUUUUGUAUCCCAUAAUUUUUUCUCUAUAUAUUAUAAUCCACACGAAGACACACACCGGAUGAGUGUGUUAAUCGUGAUGGAAAUGUUGUAAACAAAUUUAAAAGAUAAUAAUUCUCCUUGAAAACAUUAAAACAUAAAAACAACAUUUAAAAAAAAAAUAA